AUGUUAUCGACAACCAUCCUUAGACUGCUGUCGAUCCUAGCAUGCCUAGAGGCUCUAGUCCAUGCUGUGAUCGUUGACGAGGCUGCAUAUGAGGAAUACGAUUACGUCGUUGUUGGUGGAGGCACGAGUGGGUGUGUUGUUGCAGGUCGCCUGUCUGAAGAUGGCGACAAAUCGGUACUGGUGAUCGAGGCCGGGCCAAUCCUUGACGGCAAAGAAGAGUUUGACGAUCUGCUCGUCGCCCCAACUUAUGAGCGACUCGAUCCUAGUCGAAGUGUUUACACGUGGCCCAAUGUGACUACGGUCCCAAUUGAUGGGGUUGAUGGAAGAACACAAAACAUGCGCAUUGCCAAGGUCGCCGGGGGAGGCUCUGCCGUGAACGGAAAGCUCUUUGCCCGCGGGAGCAGGCGUGAUUAUGACGACUGGGCGCGUUACUUGGACGAUGAGGGCUGGGGCUGGGACAGCAUGCUUCACUACUUCAAAAAGUCUGAAACGUUCACUCCCCCUAUCGAGUCGUAUCGUAGCCAGGGGAACGUGACGUGGGAUAUGGAUGUCCACGGUCAGGACGGGCCUCUCAGCACGACGUUCCCACCGCAGUUCUUCCCGAGUACCGUCUACAAAAUCGCAGCGCAUAAGGGAUUGGGAAUCCCACUGAAAGAUGAACAGGGUAGCGGCGAUAACGUGGGAAGUAUUUGGUACCCAGUCUCGAUACGCGCCGACGAUUACACCAGGAGCUAUAGCAAGAGGGAGUUCUACGAUCCUGUCAAGGACCGCCCGAAUCUUCAUUUCUUGGCUGGACAUGCAGUAACGCGGAUUGUGUUUGAAGGGACGACGGCAGUCGGCGUCGAGUAUGCGGAAGAUCCAGACUCCCCGACGAAGUUUGCGGGAGUUACGAAAGAAGUUAUAGUUGCAAGUGGAGCUGUCAAGUCGCCCCAGCUGCUUCAAAUCUCGGGCGUUGGACCAAAGAAAGUCUCUGAAGCCCUCAACAUCACGUCCAUCGCUGAUAUCCCCGUGGGUGAGAACUUCCAAGACCACGGAACUCUCACCCUCGGGUACAACCUUUCAUUGACAUUUGACGAGCGAAUGUGGAACGAGAAAACGAACAAGACCUGGCUUGACGACCAGUACGACCAAUACAUUACCAAUAACACGGGUUACUAUACCGUAACUGGAGACAAUAACAUGGUCCUAUUCUCAGUCUCCAUGCUUCACGGAGACAAGACCAAAUCUCUCCUCUCACGAUUCAAGUGCCAGGACCCGAGAAAAUACCUCCGCCCUGAUGUCGACGAAUCGACCGCAGAGGCAUAUGUACGCCAACACAAACUCAUUCUCGCUAGCAUGGCCACAAGCAACCAGGCAGUCGACGAAAAGACCAGCCUCGGGCAGCGUAACAUACUUGUGAAACCCCUUUCGCGGGGCUUUAUCGAGGCGACAUCGACCGACAUUUGGGACACACCGGCGAUCAAUCACCGCACUUUCACUCACCCUCUCGACUUGGAGAACGUACUGGGGUCAUUGCGUAUGACUCGGAAGAUCUUUGGUUCACGGGAGAUGGCACCACUUGAGCCCAUCGAGACAAGCCCGGGGCUGGAAGUCCAGGAAGAAGAGGAACUUGUGGAAUUUAUCAGGCAGAAUAUGUCACCUGGAGCGGCACAUGGGUGUUGUUCCGUACCGUUGGGGACUGUGCUCGACAACAAGCUGAGGGUAAAAGGGGUUCGUGGAGUGAGAGUCGUUGAUGCUUCCUCGUGGCCGAUAAUUCCUGGAGCUCAUGCGUCUCAGUCAACUGCAUACGCGGUUGCUGAACGAGCUGCGGAUCUAAUUAGGGGACUAGAAUCGGAGUCCAAAAAGUAG